AUGACAGGAAUUGAAGAAAAGAAGAAUGAUCAAUCUCCACAGGGUGUCACUGAGAAGAAGCCAGAAGUAGCAGCAGAGGCAGACAAAGGGAAAGCAAGGGAGGAAGAGGAAGAUGAGGAAGACGAGGAGGAUGACGACGACCAAGACACUCCCUACAACGACGAAGAAGUUGGAGACGAUGUCGUGGAUGACGACCUCGAGGAGAUAGAUCCAUCAGCCAUCGUCGACUCAGGAUCGAGAAGAACGCGUUCAAAUGUUGAUUACAGCUCAGCAGAUGCGCGUAAGAAGGCCGAGUUGACAGAUAAGGAGGACGAGGAUGAUGAGGCAGAUGAAUCGAUGAGAAUGUAG